UAUUAUUUUCUUCCCGUUUUAUCUUGUUUUGCUUUAUGAGAAUAUGGGAGUCUGACGAAAGUGCUUCUGAGAAUUCAGUGCUGUGUUCGCCCCUCCCACGUGUUUCUACGGCCGGACAAGGAGACCGGAAUACGAUCGGACCUGAUCCUGCCUUUUAACACCAGUAAGAAAUAUGGCAGCUCAGAUAAACGAAUCGGAUCAGAUCAAACAGUUCAAAGAAUUUCUUGGAACAUACAAUAAACUAACGGAAAACUGUUUUCUGGACUGCGUGAAAGAUUUUACAACACGAGAAGUUAAACCUGAGGAGAUGACCUGCUCAGAACAUUGUCUACAGAAAUACCUGAAAAUGACGCAGAGGAUAUCCAUGAGAUUCCAAGAGUACCAUAUACAGCAGAACGAAGCAUUAGCUGCCAAAGCAGGACUUAUUGGUCAGCCGCGGUAAUGAAUGUGGCCUGUGCUCCAUUACGCUCUGCAAGCUCUGCCAUGAGCUUCCCAGCAAAGAAAAGAGAACCGCUGAGAGGCACCAUGUUACUUCCAACGCGAAGAGAACGUCUGAAAGAUCAAAUAUGCAAGCCGAGCCGAGACAGCAGAGACGCAGAUUGUUUUAAGCCCUUUGCUUUGGGCAACACCAAACGGGAUUGGGGAUCACAAAUAUACAUUCACCUUAAGAGGUUACAACCUCUGUUGCAAUAAAAGACAAUUAUGCCUCA